GCUACAGGAGUUUGGAGUCGCAAAGAGUCAGAACUGAUUAUAUCGCCGUACGUACAGCGGACUGAAACUCCCUUUUUUAUAUUUCUAUUCCCAUAGUUUAUGUUACUUGUGUAUAUACUGUCUCCUAUUUUUAAGAGAAAACAAGAUGGAACUUAACUCGCUUUUAAUUCUGCUGGAGGCUGCAGAAUACUUGGAGAGAAGAGACAGAGAGGCAGAGCACGGUUAUGCCUCAGUUUUACCCUACAGUAGCGACUUCUCCAGGAAGAAGACGAAAUCCUCUCCAAUAAACAGAAAAAGUCACAACAAUAGAUCGUCACAUAAUGAGCUGGAGAAACACAGACGUGCCAAACUACGGCUGUACUUGGAGCAGCUGAAGAAGCUGGUGCCUUUGGGUCCAGACAGCACUAGACACACCACAUUGAGCUUGCUGAAAAGGGCCAAGAUGCACAUCAAGAAACUGGAGGAGCAAGACAGAAAGGCUUUAAACAUGAAGGAGCAGCUGCAAAGAGAGCACCGCUACCUCAAACGCCGCCUCGAGCAGCUUUCGGUGUCAGGAACUGUGGAACGCAUCCGCACCGACAGCAUGGGCUCCACCAUCUCCACCGACUCUGAGCAAGAGGUGGAUAUCGAAGGUAUGGAAUUUACCCCUGGCGAGGCAGACAGCGUGGACAGCAUCAGCGACCCCGAGGUAGAAGAGGAGGAGGAGGAGGACCACUACAGCCUCCAAAGCAGCUCCAGCGACACCAGUUACACAGCCUCACAUUCCCACAGAUUGCAGCCACACCACUGUUAGACUCCUGUGGCACGAUGGUCCCGCUUCUUCACCACCACCACCACCGUGACUGUUGGCAGUCCCCAGCGCCGCCCACUUCCUACAUGAGAGCAGUCUACAAGGGCGGCACCCCUAUGAACCAUUUGCUGAAACGCCACUCAAGCCUUCCAAACAUCCCUUCCUUAUUCCACUGACCCUACCUCACCCUGUUGUAUCCUGUCUGAACACACCCGUCCUAUUACGCCCACCCCGCCCACAAACCAAUCCCCCCCAGUCAGUGUAUUUGCAGGCUCAGGGAGAGCAGUGGGGGACUUCUUCGGUGAGAUGGAUAGCUUUAACUUGUUAAUCAGGAUUUGGGAUCUGUGUGUGUGUGUGUGUGUGUGUGUGUGGCUUUGUAUGUGUGUCAGACAAUGUCAGCCACUUCACAAUUGGUUUAAAAACAACAUGACGGAAGCUCAGUGUCACCACCAUGAGGCAUUAACACGCAGACAAGGCUUUAAAAUAUGCAAAUCACCUCUGCUUUCUUCUGCAGUAGACAACUUUAGGACCUCAAAAGCUGCACCACAAAGUACAAGCAGUUGUACAGCAAUAGCCACACAAGUGUGAGAAGAUCAAUACUGUUCCCACGCUGUAAACAGGACACGUUUAGCUUAGCACAAGAGAGAAGGGCAACCUGUUAGCCUUGUUCUAGCAAGGAUAAUACAAAACACUAGCAGCAUAAAUAUGACACCCAAAAUAUAUCCUUUAAUUUGUACAAUUCAACUGAAAUUGUAUUUUUUCAUAGCGCAAAUUCACAGCGGAGGUUAUCUCAAGACAACGCUACAACAGGAACCAUCGCUUCAAUCCCUCCAUACUGAACGUGUAAGAAUAUGUUCAGGUUGAGAAAAUGACAUACUGCACUCCGUAUUUGUGCUAAACUAAACUAAACUAAGCUAGACUAAGCGAAAGCUAAGCUAAGAUAGACUAAACCUUUCCAUGUACGUGAAUAGUGCUGAUCCUCUCCACUAAGAUCAUUUUUUCUAAUUCUAUUUAUUUACAGUCAGAACAUAUCAGAAAUCAGCAACCGUAUAUAUUUUUUAAACAAUUUUGUUGUCAUUUUUAUUCCAAAUAAUGGCCACUUUUUAGUCCGAAAUCAAGCUGAAAGAGUGAGAGAGUUGCAGCAGAGAAGAGUCAAUGGAUUAUUAUUUUCAUUAUUGCCUCACCACUACUCCACACUACUGACCACUACACUAUAACACCAUAUGGUGCGGAUGGACUACUAUGGCAAACGAAAAAAACAAGCCUUUUGGAACUCUAUUCCUCAGUAGCGAACCGAUGUAGCAAAACAUGCAGGAGGACGGUGCUUCCUCCGAGUGUUUCAAUGGUUCUAGUGGACCACAAGGCGCCACAGGAGACUUGCGCCUCCAUCCCCCCACUUCACUUUUUUAAAUGACAAACAUGUUGCAUCAAUCCAGAACUGGCAUUAUUCUGCCGCAGCUCCGUCUCACCUUUUCAUGCUUUUCUUGAGUGUGUGGCUUGACCUGAUUAACAAAUCAAAGCUAAAAGGUGUCCACCAUCCUCAGAGGAUUUUCAAUCCACUUUGGAGCUAAACUAAUUACAUUCAGUUCUUGACCAAUUAUGAUCAUUUUUAUGGCCAACCUCUCUUCUCGAGCCUUCCUUUAAGGUUACAAACGACAGUCACUGUUGACGGAGCAGGCGCUUCUGUCCCUUUCUUUCUAUCUUUGCGAGCUUUGUGCAGUAACACUUUGCAAAAAAGGGCCACUUCAUCAUGUCAGGCCUUACCAAAAAACUAGAAAAGACCUAAAAGAUCUCAAACAUAAAAAAAGAAGCUAUAACCGCUAUUGUAGUCUCUUUCUCACAUUACAUUUUGUAUUCUAUUUUCCUACAUGUUCUCUUUGAAAGAAAUACAAAAAAAGUGAGUAUAAUUAUAUAUAUAUAAUUAUAUAUAUAUAUAUAUAUAAUUAUAUAUAUGUAAUUAUAUAUAUUUUUUGUGUCUACAUACAUACUUAUUUAUAUGUCUGUGUGUGUAUAUAUAUAUAUAUAUGUGUGUGUGUGUGUGU